GCAUGUGGGAUCUUCCCGGACCGGGGCACGAACCCGUGUCGCCUGCAUCGGCAGGCGGACUCCCAACCACUGCGCCACCAGGGAAGCCGCAUCUUUCAUCUAUAUUUUUGCAUAUCCUUCCGCCGCCUGGCUGUAUGCCAUUCCUCUCCACUGCUGUUGGGAGCCUCUCUGCUCCCUCGCUAAGGUGCUGCUUUGAAUCUGCCCUGGGUUGGGAAGCAACAUUCCCUGCCUGUCAGAUCUUCUGUGCCAUGAGCCCCUGCUGGCUCUGGUGGUUGGCGGUGCAGGAGCCGUGAGAGCAUUUGGGAGCCUGAGGGCACGGAAGCGCACACCGGCUGGAUCCGGAUCUGAGACCCAGGCGGCAACGACUGUCUCCGCCUCGUUUCCUCUUGUGUGAAAUGGAGGCACGUUAUGCCAGCCUCCGGGGUACAUAAGAUGCCCGGGAAAACGCGUGUCCUGAGGAAUGGAGACUGCAACCCGCCACGCACUCUUCCGUCAGAAACCUCCCAGGCUCCCUGCAGCCACAGAAUGAAGUUGGAAUUCCUACUCCAGCUACCGUCAAGGCCUCCAUCCACAGACUCCUGCUUCCAACAACCAAUAUAAAUCAAUGCAUCUGUGUGACAUUGGCAAAUUUAAAGCAAAAUGAGAAGAUUCUGGACUCCUUUCAACUGUUUCACCAACCAUAUAAAAGCAAGGAAUCCAUAAACUGCUUCUUUAGGACGGUGGUCACUCCGCUGCUGCUUUCUUGGGCUGCAGCAGCUCGGACACCUCUAUCAGACGCCUUCUUGCGCUGCCCCGGCAACCGUCACCAGGGAAACCAGCCACGCCGCUGCGUGACGUCCUCACGAGUCUACGGCAACCAAGAGGUCGCCGGGAGUUCGGAAAGGGACAGAGGCGCAGAUGGUCCGGGUUGAGGCGGCAUCCACCCACAGACGUGCAUGAAGGUGGGGCACCAGUUCACAUUUUGCAGAACUCUAAUGCAAUAUCACAACCAGAAUAUUGACGUUGCAGCUGACCCAGAUCUCUGUCGGAAAGUUGAACAGGUACAAAAAGAGGCACCUAUAACCAGAUACUCAAAGCCAGUUUGGAAAACACGAAGUAGUCUGUAAACUUGGUAAGAUACUACUGAAGACCUUUCCAAAUACAUGGGAACCUAGAAGAGGCAUAAGGGAACUGGAGCUGCCCAGCAUCACGUGAUGUAAAAGACUUAAGGAUCUUCACAGCCUGUCAUUUUGGUCACUGGAACUACUAUCUAACAACCAUGGUUUCAAAUUUUGAUUUUGCAUCCGUUACCUGUCAGCCUGUUUAAAAUGGCUGCAAGGCGCCACCCCGGAAGAUUCUGAUUCAGAUGGUCUGGGGCAGGGCCCAAGGAAUCUGUAUCUUAAGAAGACCCCUUCAAGAGAUUCUGGUGCACAGGGAAGCAAGAGAACCCCUGGUAUACAGAACUCAAAUACGAUUAUCAUGCUGGGGCGUGGUACCGCUUCAAUCCAUCAUAACUUUUCAUCCAAACUGGUCUGGGUACUUCCGAAAGCAGAGAUUCCUUCCAUAGGGAUUACCCCGAAGAAGGAAAUAGCUGCUUCCCGCACAGGUUUACUUUUUCGGGAGAAAUGUAAAUUACGGCAGAGAUGCUUGAUACAUGCCCGGGUCCUUGUUAACCUUCCUAGGGCCGAAGAGGGUCGCCAAACGUGGAACGGAAUAGCGGCCCGGGGAGAAGAUGAAGCCGAUGGCAGGAAGGUAAUUUGACUAGAUUACGCGAAGAAAGAAUCGAUCACUGGAAGCAAAAGCUUUCUGUUCACCACCGGUGAACAGCUCUUUCCACCAGACAGGAUAAACACGAUUUUCCACCUGGGCUCCGCAGCUGGCUCCUGGUACUUGGUAUGAUGGAGAGUACCGUGGUUAUGCAUGAACGUUGGGUUACAAGCACCCUGGCAUCAGAACCUCUGUUAAACAUUUUCGCCCACAGCACCUGAUGGUGUGCUGCACAUGGAAAAUACUUGUUGACUCAAGACUAUCUCUCUGCAGAGAGCUCCAGCACUGGAUGUGUCCUCCCGCCAUGGCCGCCACCGCCUCUCCUCUGCCACCCAGCACCAAGGUGGCCAGUUCUGAGAACAGCAGCUCCUUCUAUGACUAUGAGUACUUCCUGGGCAACGUGGCCUUCAUGCUCUGCAGGAAGGACGAGGUGCUGUCGUUUGGCAGAGUCUUUCUGCCACUCUUCUAUGGCCUGAUCUUUGUGCUGGGCCUGAGCGGGAACCUCCUUCUCCUAGUGGUCUUGCUCCGGUGUGUGCCUCGAAGGCAGAUGACCGAGAUCUAUCUGCUGAACCUGGCCAUCUCCAACCUCCUGUUUCUGGUGACGCUGCCCUUUUGGGGCAUCUCUGUGGCCUGGCAUUGGGUCUUUGGGAGUUUCUUAUGCAAGGUGGUGAGCACCCUCUACACCAUUAACUUCUACAGUGGCAUCUUCUUCAUUAGCUGCAUGAGCCUCGACAAGUACCUGGAGAUUGUUCACGCUCAGCCCCACCACCGGCUGAGGACCCGGGCCAAGAGCCUGCUCCUCGCAGCUGCCGUGUGGGCUGUGGCCCUGGCUGUCUCCAUCCCCGACAUGGUCUUUGUGAGGACGCAGGAAAACGCCCCAGGCGUGUGGGACUGCUUUGCGGAUUUUGGGGGGCACGGGACCAUCUGGAAGCUCUUCCUCCGCUUCCAGCAGAACCUCCUGGGGUUUCUCCUCCCCCUGCUUGCCAUGAUCUUCUUCUAUUCCCGCAUUGGCUCCGUCCUGGCCAGGCUGAGGCCCCCAGGCCAGAGCCGGGCUCUGAGGAUGGCCAUAGGCCUGGUGGUGGCCUUCUUUGUGCUGUGGUUCCCGUACAACGUCACCUUGUUUCUGCACUCGCUGCUGGACCUGCAAGUCUUUGGGGACUGCAAGGUCAGCCAGCACCUGGAGUAUGCGCUGCAGGUGACAGAGAGCAUCGCCUUCCUCCACUGCUGCUUCACCCCCGUCCUCUAUGCGUUUUCCAGCCGCCGCUUCCGCCAGUACCUCAAGGCUUUCCUGGCCACUGUGCUCAGACGACACCAGGCUCCUUACCUUGCCCAGACCCCACCGUCCAGCUAUUCUGAGAGUAGUAGGCUCAGUGGCCAAGAAGAUAUAACUGGCAUGAAUGACCUCGGGGAGAGGCAGGCGGAGGACUCCCCCAACAAGGGGGACACAAGGAAAAAUUCAGCCUGAGUGGCCACACCACAGUCCAUGAGAGCAGAUGGGACCCAGCUCAGCUGUGCGUCCACCAAAGUCCUCCCUUCAGAGGUCUCAGUGACCAUGUUGCUAAACCAGUCAGUUCUUGGUCCUCAGCCAUCAGCAGCGUUCACUGUCUCCUGUCUUCUCCCUCCUCUUUCUCCACUGCCUUCCAGGACUCCAUACUCGCUGGCCUGAAUGGCUGCCGUAGUUUCCCAGCUGACCUCUGUGCUUCCUAUCCUCGUGCUCUCAUCCAAUCUACACCCAGCAACCAGAGUAACCACAACACCCUCAGCCAUCUCUCCCAUCCCCCUCAGAGUAGCCCGAGGCCUGCCACCCACCAGACUUCCGCCUUCCCUGUGGCUCAGCUGGGGGAAUAUUACUGCAAGACUGUUUGCUAUAACAGCCUUGAAGGUGGAUCCAGGGUCUGGCAGUCAGGAGGGGCUGGAGGUGCUCCACACAUGGGAGUCUGCGGGUGGGAGGCAGAGUGAACACGUGUUCCUGGUGGUCCAGGAGCAUCUGCCUCCCUCUGCCUCCCACGCCCCCUCUCAGGAGGCUUCAGGGCUCCCUAGACCCUGCACUAUCAAGUCCAGAACGUUUGUCCAAUUUAAGCCUGGAGCUUUCACAAUUAGAAUCCCAUAUACCGUUUCACGCUUGUACUCCUUCACCUCCCUUUUCAUUUCCUGGUUGCCACACCCAUUGUUCUUUCCUGCACGUUCCAGUCUUUGCUUUUGUGCUUUCCGGCUCCCUUAUGGAACAGGGAUCAUUUUCCAGCCAGGUAUCCCCUCACCCUUGUCGUGUAACUGAAUUGGUUGAAACCACUCCGGGGUCACUCUGCCCUGUGCUUAGGGUGGAGGUUGGGUAGAGCAUGGGUCUUUGAUCAGUGAUGACCUUAUGUUUCCCUGGCACAGUGAUUCAUUUAUGGAUGGACACAUGACCCAGGCAGAGCUUGUGAAAUGUAACGUGACUAGAGCAUGCUAGAACAGAGGCAUGAAACUGAAGCCAAGGGGAUGUGAGGUCUGGAGCUGCUCCUUCAUUGGCUCGAACUUCAGAAGGUGAGGUGACAGCAGUGAGUGAGCAGAUCCUGGGGGCAGCGCUCGAGCCCUAGAAUCAAGGCACGGCUGAAGCUCAUCCCAAGCCUGGACUUGACAGUGACACGAACCAAUAAAUUCCUUUCCAGUU